AUGUCGGGUGGCUCAGCUUACGACCGACACAUCACGAUCUUUUCUGAACAGGGAAGAUUGUACCAAGUCGAAUAUGCCUUCAAGGCAAUCACAGCCGCCAACAUCAUGUCGAUAGGUGUCAGAGGCAAGGACUGCGCUGUUGUCCUGUCUCAGAAGAAGGUCCCUGAUAAACUCAUCGACCCCGCCUCCGUCUCCCAUCUCUUCCAGCUCUCCCCGUCUGUUGGAUGCGUGAUCACUGGCUCCAUCGCCGAUGCCCGUGCCUUCUCGCAGCGUGCCCAGGGUGAGGCAGCAGAGUUCCGGUACAAAUACGGCUACGAAAUGCCCGCCGAUGCCUUGGCGAAGAGGCUGGCCAACAUCAGCCAGGUCUACACACAAAGAGCCUACAUGCGCCCGUACGGAGUUGCGACGACUCUCAUCUCAUUGGACUCUGAGUUCGGACCUCAGCUGUUCAAGUGCGAUCCCGCCGGAUAUUUCAUUGGCUAUAAGGGUACUGCGGCAGGUCCCAAGCAGCAAGAGGCUCUCAACCACCUGGAGAAGAAGCUGCGCAACAAGGAGCACGCUCCUGGUGACUGGACGGAAGUUGUUGAGCUCGCCAUCACGACGCUUAGCACUGUCCUAAGCAUGGACUUCAAGAAGGGUGAGAUCGAAAUUGGCAUUGUUGGGGGACCUCGUGCGGACGGUAAGGAGGGUACUGAUCCCGGAUUCCGGAUCUUGACCGAAGAGGAGAUCGACGAGCGGUUACAGGCGAUUGCUGAGAAGGACUGA